UGGGUCUACAUAAUUUCAGAGCUUAUUCUUAGGGUUUCUCAUCGUUAUCCAUUUGUAUUAUCAAGCCGAAACACUCCUCUGCUUCUUCUUCUUUACUCAGCUAAAAAUGCAAGGAGCAAUUCGAGGAUUUUUGUCGAAUGGAAGUGUUGUGAAGAAUGCAGUUCUGCAGCGUAUCUCUCUUGUGAACCCACUGUUUCAGCCUGCUGUCCUUUCCCGAUUUCAGUCGGUUACCUCUCCUCGUAUGGAAGAGCAUGGCUUUGAGAGCACUACAAUUGCUGAUAUCUUGAAAGCGAAAGGCAAAAGUGCUGAUGGUUCCUGGCUCUGGUGCACUACGAAAGACACUGUAUAUGAUGCUGUUAAGUCGAUGACUCAUCACAAUGUUGGAGCUCUGGUGGUGGUGAAUUCUGAAGAGGAUAAGUCAAUUGCAGGAAUCGUAACAGAAAGAGAUUAUCUGAGGAAGAUCAUAGUGCAGGGAAAGUCAUCCAAGACGACCAAGGUUGGAGAGAUCAUGACUGAGGAGAAUAAGCUUAUCACAGUCGGCCCUGGCACCAAAGUUUUGCAGGCAAUGCAACUGAUGACUGAUAAACGGAUCAGGCACAUUCCAGUGAUCGAUGAAAGGGGAAUGAUAGGCAUGGUGUCGAUUGGAGAUGUGGUUCGAGCUGUGGUGAGUGAGCACAGGCAGGAGCUUGAACGCUUGAACGCCUUUAUUCACGGAGGUUACUAGAUGAUUAAUGAUGAUGAUGAUGAUGACAAAGUUGAUGGGACACUGUUUAGCUGCCUCGUCUGGCUGAACACUGAACACUGAACAAUAAUAAGAAACCUGGGUACUUGUACAUACCGUCUGCUGCUCUUUUGUGAAGUCAUGUUCUUUUUUUGGUUCUGUGAAUUCCCUGAUGUCAAUGAGCUCUGACAUCAAACACCAGACAUGCAUGCUUUGACAAUAACAAGUACUUUGUUGUUGCUCGAGUUUUCUGGUUCUUAUCUUGGUGCAUUCUAGAUUUUCAGAUUAGUCGAUGAUAACUUUUUCGUUCU